UUUUCGUAUUUUCUUAAAAUUUAAACACAGUGGUUAUGGUUCUCACACAAAAAAAGAGGCUCCACAGAGAAGAUUAAAAGCAAGCUGAGAUGAAUUUGUUGAGUCUAGCUUGGAGACGUACAUAAUAUCUUGGAAGAUCAUUUCCUUUCACUCUUCACUAUUUCUCUAACCGUUUGGUUCUGAAGCGAUCGCUGGGCGCGGAUAAACCCAAACGGAAAUUGGAAUCUGAAAAAGGAUGAGGUUUAACGAGUGCCCUAUGAAUUGGAUUGGCGUAACGGUUGGUGGUGUCGUGGGGGUAGUGGGUGCGAUAUUGACACUAAAAGAUGGCAAAGUGGGGAUUCCAUUAACCUUCGCUACGCAUAAUAGUAGCUCCGACAAGCCUCUCUUUGUUCCCGGUUUGCAAAACCUCCAAAACAAUUGCUUUCUCAACGUAGUUUUGCAGGCUCUAGCCAGCUGUUUUUACUUUCAGGGCUUUCUUCACGUUGUGAUGGGAGAGUGUGGGAAUAAGGACCUGGACGAAAACAUGCCUCUUUCGCUUUCUUUGGCUACUUUAUUAGAAGAGUUAAGUUCAGUUAGUGGGGAAAAGGUUACACUGAGUCCACGAAAGACUAUGCUCGCCAUGUCGAAUUACAUUCCAAACUUUAGUCUGACUAGUCAGCAGGAUGCUGCUGAAGCUUUUCUCCAUCUGUUAUGCUCUUUGAGAGAAGAAUUUGGAGAUUGUUAUGCUCCAAAGAUGAGUUCUUUAGCAGACAUUUUUGCUUCUAAUUAUAGAAUUCUUACUCCAAUACAGAGGGACUGUCAAAGUGAGCAGGACCGAUGGCAACAACACUUCCUUGGACCUUUUGAUGGGAUUCUUGCAAGCAGCUUGACCUGUCAAAGUUGUUCAUCCCAGAUCUCAAUUAACUUGGAGCAUUUUGAUUGUUUGCCUCUUUCACCUGUGCUCAGUGAUAGUUCCAACAUAAGAUUUGGUUGUACACUGGUGGAUUGCCUGAAGCAGUUCAUUGUUGCUGAACAUGUUGAAAAUUAUCGGUGCAGCUACUGUUGGCAUAAUGCUGCAAUCAAAUAUCUUUCUGUAAUGGAAGGAAAUGAGGUAGAGCUUGAAAAACUAAGGAGAUGCUCUGAGCCAGAAAUCUGUGAUUGCCGAAAAAUGUAUAAUCUUGAUAAACUACCAUGGUCAAACAGGUUUUCACAUACGCUGAAGCAGCUAAGUAUUGCCAGGUGUCCAAGGAUUUUAUGCAUACAAUUGAAAAGAGUUUCAAUGAAUGCCUUUGGAGAGCUAGUCAAACUACAGGGCCAUAUUUCUUUUCCGUUGAUUUUGGAUGUGUUGUCAUUCGUGACAACUUGGCUUGGAGUAAAGACACAGGACAUAGAUGUACAAAGUUUGUCAUUAAAUUUGAAGUACAACAGAAGAAAUAUAUUGCCAAAUCACUCUGAUAUGCAGUCUAAGAUAAGAACAUUGAAAUUUAGUGGCCUUUAUGAAGCAAGGAGGGAGCAGAUAAAUUCAUAUGCUCUUGACGAUAGAUUUAUCUCCUCUACAAAUGGACUGGAACUUCACAGUGACACUGUACUUCCCUGCUCUGGCACUUCAGAAAGUACUCACUCAGAUGCAUAUAUGCAAUCCAAUGACAAGGCAGAUGCUUCUUGUGAUUCAGUUUCUCAAGAAACAUGUUUGUAUCAACUUGUUUCUGUUGUUGAACACUUUGGUAAAGCUGGAAGCGGGCAUUACACUGUUUACAGAAGUGUAAGAGGGAAGUCCUCUGAAGAUGAGCUUAAUCAAACUCCAAUGCAUUGGUUUUGCAUUUCAGAUUCUCAAGUGCGUGCUGUUUCAGUGGAAGAUGUUCUUUCCAGUGAGGCCAGCUUGCUCUUCUACGAGAGAAUUCCAAGGAACUGAAUGCAAAAAAUCCUUUCUUUUGCUUUGGGAAGUUCUGUGUUCACAACAUGCAUCAGUUGCUAUAUCUGAAUCAUAGGAGUUCAUGGUAUAAGAACUGUGCUGAGGAUGUUCCAAAUUGCAUUCACAAUCUUUUCAGCUAUACUUGGAACGAUUUUCAGUUCCUUUUGUAUGCUCAGCUAAUUUUGUUCCCUUAUUGUGGUUAAGCCCAUCAAAAGCUUUAGUUGCAGACUCGUUAUCUCAACAGCUACAGUUGCAGACAGCAGCAGAAAACACUAACUUUUAUAAACUUUCACUCGAUUAACAUUGAUGUUUCAAAAGAAUA